AUGAGUCAACUGGCGUUGCGUGACUUUCAAAUAAACUCAGUGGCCCCUUACGUUAUAGUCUAUCCAGGUAUAUACCGAUCAACGGACUGUUCACCCUAUUGUAAGUAUGUGCAAAUCAUAACUUCGCAAUUUUAUUUGGUUUUUCAGGUAUCAUGGAUACGCAAAAGGGAUCUCCACAUCCUGACUGUUGGUAUAUUGACAUACACCAAUGAUCAACGAUUCCAAGCCAUGCACAGUGAUGGUAGUGAUGAAUGGACGUUGAAAGUGACAUCACCGCAGGUGCGAGACAGUGGAAUAUAUGAAUGCCAAGUAUCGACGGAACCGAAAAUCAGUCAGGCCUACAAACUGAGUGUAGUUGUAUCCAAAGCUGAAAUUUCCGGCAAUAUGGAGUUGUACAUUAAGAGCGGAAGUGACAUAAACCUCACUUGCACAGUACUUCAGACACCCGAGCCACCAUCUUUCAUCUACUGGUACAGAGGUGAUCACGUCAUAAAUUACAGUCAACGUGGUGGUAUAAGCGUUGUAACGGAGAAACAAACCAGGACUUCACGUUUGUUAAUAUCACGAGCCCUCCCAGCUGACUCUGGGAAUUAUACCUGUGCACCGUCAACAGCUGAAUCCGCGAGUGUUCUGGUGCACGUGCUUAAUG